AUAGCCAUAUAGCUACUUUUUCCAUUUAUAAACCCGGUAAUAGUGUCUCUACGCGUUCUUUAGUCAAAAAUCGUGGUGAUGUUACUGGACACCGGCCACCAGAUUUCUGGCUUAGGGGUUGGCACGUUCACAAGGCAUCAUUCGGCUGUGAGCGAGACCCAGGACAGAGAUAUGAGUUUCAUGGAAUCGGCGCACAUGGGCGCGUUCAAACUGAACCACCCCGAUUUGUCCCCGGGUCAGAGCGCAGCUUUUGCGCCACAAGCAAGCAGCUAUUCUGCGGCCGCUCUUGGAGCGCAUGCGGCGGCGCACGCUGCCUCUUUCGCCAGCUCCACUUUCAACUCCACCAGGGAGUUCCUCUUGCGCAGCCGAGGCUUUGGGGAUUCGACUCCGGCCAGCGGACAACACCCCAUCUUCAGCUCCACAUCAGGAUCUCUCCAUCACUCUCACCCAGAAGGUCAGGGUCACCUACUUUUCCCCGGAAUCCACGAGCAGCACGGGUCCCAUCACAGCUCUCCAAACAUCCUGAACGGACGCCUUGGAUUACCCGGUGAGGUUUUCGGGCGGACGGAGCAGUAUCACCAGGUGCCCAAUACGCGGGCCGAUCCAUACAGCCAGUAUGGCCUAAACAUGAGUAUGAACAUGGCGCACCAUCCCGGCGCGUUCUUCCGCUACAUGCGACAACAGUGCAUCAAACAAGAGCUUAUUUGUAAGUGGAUCGACCCCGAGCAGCUCGGUGACCCCAAAAAAUGCUGCAGCAAAACUUUCAGCACCAUGCACGAACUGGUCACGCAUGUGUCCACUGAGCACGUUGGCGGGCCAGAACAGUGUAACCACAUCUGCUUUUGGGAAGAGUGUCCACGGGAGAGUAAACCAUUCAAAGCAAAGUACAAACUGGUUAAUCAUAUCCGAGUGCACACGGGAGAGAAACCCUUCGCGUGCCCCUUCCCGGGAUGUGGCAAGGUGUUCGCGCGUUCGGAGAAUUUGAAAAUACACAAACGGACACACACUGGAGAAAAACCGUUCCUGUGUGAAUUCGAAGGCUGCGACAGACGCUUCGCCAACAGCAGUGACCGGAAGAAGCACAUGCACGUUCACACGUCUGACAAGCCAUAUCUGUGCAAACUCUGCGACAAGUCCUACACACACCCCAGCUCCUUGAGAAAACACAUGAAGGUUCACGAGGAUCAGGCUCCAGUAGCGGACUCCUCUCCUGCUGGAAGCUCUGGGUACGAGUCCUCCACUCCGUCCAGUCUGAUCUCUCCAUGCUCGGAGACGCACAGCACCUUGUCGCCUGAUUCUGCCGCGCUCAACAGCAGUGGGCACAACAGCUUAACGUCCAAUUUUAGCGAGUGGUACGUUUAAGGACUCCGCCAAGAACUGCAUAUCCUAAAAUAAAAUAUUAUUUGUAAAUAGCAAAUGAGGGUUUAUGUUCUCAGCAUGUCGGUGUUGCACUGUGAAUAAAGAAAGCCGAGAAUUAAUAUGUGUCUAAAAAUGCAGGCAGUUUUCUUAUAUGAACAACUUGUCCUUUGGUAGCUAAUGCGUUGCCAAAGACAAAAAGUGGAUGUAUUUUUAUUUGUGAUCUGUAUCAAUUGUUUUACCGUAAUGUCGGGUCAAGUUACGAUGUUUGAAUAGCCUACAAUGUAUCUGUCAUAGAUUAGAGCUAUUUGACGUUUCAUGAAUGUCUUACCAUGAAAGUACUAUUUUCGGGGAUCCUUAAGUGCCCAAGUCAAAUGUUGUACAGUGAAAAUGGACACAAUUUCGUGAAUGUAUUUUAUUGUACGAAGAAUUAUUUGUUACUAAUGUAGAAAUCAUCCACUUCGAGUUAGAGUAUUUAGAAAUGUCUCGUUAUUAAAUUAUGGUAUAGCUUAUACUUGAUAAAAUACAAAAUAUUUAUGAAAAACUCCUCGACGAAAAUCUGUACAGAAUUGUUGCAUUUAAAGUGUUUGUACAUUGGUAUUCAGUUUUAUUAUGUAAAUUCUUGUGAUAACAAAUGCCAAACAGUA